UCGGCGGGCGGAAGUUUCCGAAGUCGUGAGACUGAACCUGGGCUGUGACCGGAGCUCCGGGAUCCAUCCAUGCUCUGAACAGGCUUUCCUUAAUCUUUUUAACGGGUUUGUCCCGGACUGCUCUGAUGUGACGGACCGCUCCCGAUCCCGGUGUGAAUGCCCCCCCCCCCCCCCCCCACACACACACACACCCCCACUCGGCGGCCCGCUGUUAGCUUUUAGCUUGUUAGCUUCAAAGUUUAGUCAGACUUUAAUCUGAAGGUAAAGGAUGUCGGGCGGAGACCUGAGGGGACACUUUAUCUACACCCUGCCGUCCUCUGUCCUCUGGGACUUCUGCAGGGUCAUGGACGGACUGUCAGACCUGGACUGGACCCGUUUUGCCUCAGAGGUCCUCCGUGAUCAGACCGCUGUGCGAUUGGCUGAGAGGAGGGAGAGGCGGACCGACUGGGUGAUGAACCAAUGGGGGAACAGGAACGGUAGAGUCGGGGAGCUGAUUGACCUAUUGGAACGUCUCCAGCUGUUCCGCCCCCGUGAUGUCAUCCUGGGCUGGACGUCCAGUCUGAGGCCUGUCCCCUCUCCUCCUCCUCCUCCUUCUCCACCUCCUCCUGCUCCUCAUCAUCCUCACUUCUCCUUCCCUCAGUUCGACCCCCCACCCAAAUCCUCUGAGGCCCCGCCCACGCUGAGCACCUGCAAACUGAGCACGACAGUAGAUAAAGGAGGAGGAAGACCACUACCCAGACCUGCCCCGCCCCCCUCCAGUCUGCAGUCUGACCUCCACCGACCACCCCAGUCCUCCCAGCAGGUGGCGUGUGCCGGUGGAGGCGGGGUGAUGUGCUGGUCGUAUGAAGAGGUCCAUGCUGCGACGGAUGGGUUCUCCCCCUCCCUGCAGGUGGGGGAGGGGGGGUUUGGGGUCGUGUACAGAGCGACUCUGAGGAACACCCACUGUGCUGUCAAGAGACUCAAACAGGACUGUCUGCUGGACUGGACUCUGCUGAGAGAGAGUUUCCAGAACGAAGUGAAGAACCUGUCAAAGUUCAGACAUCCGAACAUCGUGGACCUGCUGGGUUUCAGUGAAAGAGGAGGAUCUGUGUGUCUGAUCUACAGCUACAUGGACAACAGAUCACUGGACGACCAGCUGCACAACGAGUGUGUGGUCCUGUCCUGGUCUCAGAGAGUCAGUAUUGUUGAAGGAGUGUCAGCGGCGCUGCAGUUCCUCCACUCCCCUCCUGAUGGACACACACCGCUCAUCCACGGAGACGUCAAGAGUUCAAACAUCCUGUUGGACCGCCACCUGGUGGCGAAGCUGGCCGACUUCGGUCUGGCUCGGUUUGCGUCUCGGGGCCCACCGGGACGCUCGGCGACUCAGACGGCAUCGGUGGGUAAAACGGAGACGGUCAGAGGAACGCUGGCGUACCUGCCUGAUGAGUACGUGAGGAACAGAGAGCUGGGACCCGCCGUGGACGUCUACAGCUUCGGAGUGGUGUUGUUGGAAGUGCUGACCGGUCGUCGAGCUCUGGAGAAAGACAGGAAGUCAGGAGAGAGAUACCUGAAAGACCUGGUGGAGGAGGUUGCAGACGAUCCAGGUGAUUCAUCUGCAGCAGCCUGGAGGAAACAGCUGGACCAGCGACUGAUCUCAGGUCAGGGGUCAGGUCGAUCUGAUAACAUCUGCAUCACGUCUGAGCGUCUCCUGCCUGUUUUCUUUAGCUGCCGUGUUACUGUUGUGUCCUCAGGGGGCGCUGCAGAUCCUGCUGGCUGUAUGGAGAUGGUGGGUCUGGCCUGCAGGUGUUUGGACAAGAAGAGGAAGAAGAGACCGACCAUGACCCAGGUGUUUGACAGACUUCAGGACAUCAACCACAUGGUGAAGAGGACCAGCUCCUCCUCUCUCCUCCAUCCUCCUCCUCCCCUCCCUCAGCUUCCUCCCCCCUACCAGUCCUCCCCUAGACCGGCCAUCUCCCCGGACUCUAGUGUGGGAGCUCUGUCCAACCAGCUGUCCAAACUGGGACCACUGGAGGAAACCCUCCAGCCCUCCCAGUCCUCCUCGUCCUUCUGCGCCCUCACUCUUCCUCAGGUGCUCCACUCUGUCUCCUCAUUCGGCGGCCCGUGUGAAACUGAUGAGAGUCGAGGUUUCUCCCAGUACGACCUUCGCUCCCAGUUCAGAUCAAAUGGGACCAGCUCCAGGUUUCUGUCCCCAUCCACGGGAGACCAGUAUCAGUGUCCAACUGGACCCACGGAGUUCCAGUUGAGGGAGCCUUCUGUCCCCACUGAAGACCAGUACAACUUUCCUCCUCAGUCCAGCAGCUCGGGGACUGGGGCCCUCACAGGACCAGACAUUAGAGGGCAGAUCAGAGCAGGGGCCACAGCAGGGCUCUAUGGCGUCCCAGAAUGCCUCUCUCCUGCGGGGUCCCUGCAGUCAUCGUCCCCAGGGCCCUCAGUUCCCAUGAAUCCCAGUACGCAACGUCUCCCGGAGAAGAAAACUCUGUACGAGGAGGGAAGGAUUCAGAGCCCUGAGCCGCUGUCGUCUGAUGACCUCUAUGGAGGGGGGAGUUCAGUGGAGUCCAGAGGACCAGAGGAGAGCGAUGAGUUGGAUUAUCUUCCUGCCAACUGAUGCUUUCAUUCACCGACUCACACAUGAUGGGACCUCAGUCUGAUGCACUCGCACACUGAUGUUUGUACCAUGACCUGCAGGCGGCGCUGUGUCACAGAUUUCAGACAUUUGUUGAAUCCGUUACCUGUUGUCUGGUUGGACGUUCCUCCAGAAUCUGCCUCGUCACUGCAGCGCUCCUCCUGUGAGGCAGCACCAAAGCUCGACGGUACCACACCCUCAUCAGCAUGGAUGAGCGGGGCCCCAGGGUUUAGGGCCCCUGCACCAGAGGCUCAGUUUAAAGUGACUGGAAAGUUAAUCAGAUGACUACAAAGAGACAACAACCGCAAACAGACACAAUGACUACAACCAUGAUUAUUUACUGUAAUGAAAUGUCAUUUUUUUAACACUUUGAAUUUUACAGAUUUUUCAGAUUUGACACAAAUAAACAGUUGUCAUGUGGUACUCGA